AUGACCCUGCUACUGCGCUACAACGAGUUCUGUGAGAUCCUUGAAUGUCAUCCGCUUGCAAAACUUGUCGAAGACGACGUAUCCCAGGGAUUCACCAGCUCGACUGUUCGAGACAAUCCUUUUCUCUGCCGCAUCCAUCAAGCAUUGGUCAAAGCCCACGCCGAAGAUUUGCUGUCCCACUGGACCGACAAAGCUCGGAAAGCCUUCCUAGCCCGCAACAUGCCAGCCCUCCCGAUCGAGAACUUCUCCUUAUACGGUAGCACGCUGAUUGGAAACCAAAUCCUCAUAGACCCCCGUUGCUUUGUUGAUCACUUCAAUGCCCUCGCCUCGGUAACCCAAUCAAUCCACAUGAAUGUCCAACGCCAACAACACAUGCUUAAUGACAUGCGCAAUGCAAUCCAGAAUGAGAGCAGAAUCAUGAGCUCUUUUAUCGUGGGACAACUAUGUACAAUGAACCAAGCCAUCCAACGACUUGAGAGAAACCUCAUAGGAGAAGCCCCGGAACCACCUCAACACAAAUCGAAAUGCCUCAUCAAGUUUUCAACCAACACGGAAGGAAAGAACACAUCCCUGACAGAACUAACCACAGCCUUCUUUGCUGAAGAUUAUCGCGCAGGCUAUGCACUGGAUCAGAGAAGCGGCUCCUGGGAUGAACUGUCGAAACCGAGAACCCUCAUCAACAAAUUUGGUUCAAUGAAAUGCGCAGUAAGGUUCGUCUUGAUGCAUGCAGACGAAUUCCCUCCCACCGCAAACAAAGAAGAGAUCAGAAGGAUUGCAAAACCGGCGGAAGACCAGAUACGACAAACCCUUCAAUUCGAGAAAGACAAGGUCAUCACGCAUAGCAAGCUGGAGAGAAAAUUGAAACUCCCUGCAUUUCGCGAAAUUGAGAAGAAGGGAAAACUACCAGAGAACACCCCAGAAGAUUGGCGAAAGUUCUUCGAGUGA